UUGAAUUUAUGGACUAAAGAACAACAUGGAAGCUGAUUAUAUGAUAGAGGCUCCACUAUGGUCCACUCUAAAUAUUGCGCUGCUGGUUUCAAGGGGCCACCAGUGGCUGCUGUGAUGCCGUCCCAGCUGCUCAAUGAGCCCGAGCAGGCUCCGGACGAGGCGCUGGCGGGCCUGCUGUCGGCGGAGCCGAGCCUGGCCCGGCUGCAGGGGCACCGGGUGGUGGUGCGCCGCGGCCUGGAGCAGUGGCGCUCGCUCGGACAGCCGGCGCUGGUCGCUGUCGCCGCCGCCGCGCACGGGCCCUGGCCGGCCGGCCUGGUGGGCGCCGGCCUCCUGACGGCCGCCGCUCUGGGCGACCUGGAGACGCCGCCCGCGGCCGACACAGUCACCGCCGCCGUGCGCGCCGCCGCCACGGCCGGCGGGGUACUGCUGGUGGCGAUGGACCUGCCCGCCGACCGGCAGCGCUGCGGCCUGGCGGCGGAGCGCGCCCGAGCCGCCGGAGUCACCGUCCAACUGCUGCUGGUCGCAGACGACUGCGGCGCGGCAGAGACCCGGCGCGGGCACGCCGGUAUCGUGCUGCUCUGUAAGGUGCUCGGCGAGGCGGCGCAGACCCCGGGCCGCUCGCUGCAAGAUCUGGUGGCCAUCGCCCGCCAGGUGACUGAUGGUCUCGGUACGGUGGCGCUCGGCCUGCCCUCGGCCUCCGAGUCAGCUGGCGGCGGUGACGCGGACCCCGCCACAAUGGAGCUCGGAGUUGGUGUGCGUGGGGAGCCCGGCGCCCGCACCGUGCCGGCCUGCACCUCAGCAGAGGCUGUGAAGCUGAUGUACGAUCACCUGACGCGCGCCGACGCGCCCACACCGUUCAGUCUCCCUGCCGAGUGUGUGCUGCUGGUGAACAGCCUGGGCGGUCUGUCUGAGAUCGAGCUGCUGGUGGCGGCGCGGGACGCCCAGCGGCAGCUGACGGACCGCGGUGUGCGCGUGGCACGCCUCCUCACCGGCUCCCUGUGCUCGUGGCGCGCGCGCCGGGCCGUCUCGGUGACGGUCCUGUCUCUGGCGGAUGGUCAUGUACCGGGCCAGCUGCUGCUACACUGGCUAGGUCAGCCUGCCGCGGCGCCCGGGUGGCCGGACGCCAUGCCGCCCGGUGCCUACUCAGAGCCGCAGCUGAUGGAGCCGGCCGCUCCGCCACCAGAGGACACCUCCGCCGGCCCGGCCGCCGGGGAGCCGCUGCUCUCCGACCGGGAUGCGCUGCUGGUGACGCGUUGUGUGGAGCGCGCCUCCCAGGCGCUGGUGGCCGCCGCCGGCCGGCUGGACGAGCUGGACCGCGGCGCGGGGGACGGCGACUGCGGCAGCACGCUGGCCUCGCUGGGCCGCCUGCUGCUGGAGCGUCUGCCGACGCUCGCCGCCGGCCGGCCGCGCCGUCUGCUCACCCAGCUCGCCGACUCGUGUGAGACGAUCGGCGGCACGUCUGGGGUGCUGUAUGCGCUGGCGAUGGCGGCGGCGGCCGCCGGAUGGAGCUCCGAGGAGCAGCAGCCCUGGCUGGCGGCGCUCGGCCGCGGUCUGGACGCGGUGCGGCGGUACGGCGGCGCGCAGCUCGGCGACCGCACGCUGCUGGACGCGGCCGAGCCGGCGCUGCGGGCCGCCGAGGAGGCGGCCGCCGCCGGUCAGCCGCCGGCAGUGGUGGCGGCAGCGCUGGCCGCCGCGGCGGAGCAGGGCGCGCUGCGGACGGCGGGUAUGGCGGCGCGCGCCGGCCGGGCCAGCUACGUAAGCAGCGACCAGCUGACGCGGCCCGACCCGGGCGCCCAGGCGGUCAGCGUGUGGCUCGCAGCGGUGGCCGGGGCCAUACGGGAGGACAGGGUGUGAUAUAGAUUCUGAGAGUGGGUGCGGCUGUGGCGGGUGGCCUGUGUGGGCUUGCGUGUUGUAGUAGACGGGACGGCAAAAACUGACUGGGAAAACCUGGGGAAAAUACUAGUGCCGACGCUGUUCGGAGACAGUUGAGAUGUUGCGCUUCCAGCCAAUUGUCCCCAUAAGUGAGCCGUGGCGUUUACUCUGCAAUGCGGGAUGCUUUUGGAUACGUGAUGCAGGAUGCUCAAUAUGCCAGUACUUAAACUUGGGACUAACAGUUUUGAAUUAUUACCUAUUACAAUAAUUUGACUUCAUGUGAAUGAAGUGAAUAAUGUUCAAUUAUCUUAUCGAUAAUGCUCGUUCAUAUAUUUACUGAAGCGUAGAUAACAUUUGAUAACGAUUAACUACGAGUUAAACCUAAAGGG